AUGACAAUGACUACGAUUCCAGAAAGUCUUAAUAGCCCCGGCUCAGGAAAAACCGUUUUCAUGGAGUUUGGACCCCCGAGUCAACAAAUGUCGCCUUCCUCCAUGUCUCACGGACAUUAUCCCAUGCACUGUUUACAUUCUGCAGGUCAUACACAGCACGACAGCUACAGUCCAGCCUCGUCGUUUCCCAGAUCUUUGGGUUAUCCAUACGUAAACUCGGUCGGCAGCCAUUCCACCAGUCCAUAUCUCAGUACAGUACAGACUUACCAAAACAGCUCGGGACUCACACAGACGCGAUUAGAGGACGCAGCGCCAGAAACAGAGAAAAACACGGUGGUCGAAGGCGGAGAGGUGCGAUUCAACGGCAAAGGGAAAAAGAUUAGGAAACCAAGGACUAUAUAUUCCAGUUUACAGCUUCAAGCUCUGAACAGGAGAUUUCAACAAACUCAGUAUUUGGCGUUACCGGAGAGAGCGGAGCUCGCUGCGUCGCUGGGUCUCACUCAGACACAGGUAAAAAUUUGGUUUCAGAAUAAACGGUCAAAAUUCAAGAAACUGAUGAAGCAAGGCGGUGGCACAAUUGACACCAACGCUUUAGCCACUGGCCGCGGACUUUCGAGCGGCUCUCCCUCGGUGACACCUGUCUGGAGCUCGCCGACCACCGUGAAGACUUCAGUGGGCACAACCGGAUCUUACAUUCCCAGCUACACCUCAUGGUAUCCAACCACGCACCAAGAGUCUAUGCAACAGUCACAGCUCAUGUGA